AAGUAUCAAUUUUAUCACCUAUAUAUAUACAUAUAGAGAGAGAGAGAGAGAGAGCGAGCUUGAGAAGCUAGAAUAUAUAUAUAUAUAUAUAUACAGUACUAGCUAGAGCUAAUUAAUUGUUAAGAUAUAUAUAUAAAAAUAAAUAUGGGAGAUAAUAGUAUUAUUGCCUCAUCAUCACAUGGGCAUGGAGGGAAGAUUAGUGAGACUCUGACGAAGAUGAAGCCAUAUUUGGCUAUGGUUUCUCUGCAGUUUGGGUAUGCAGGGAUGUAUAUCAUUAGCAUGGUCUCCUUCAAGCACGGCAUGAGUCACUUCGUCUUGUCUGUAUACCGUCACGUUGUUGCUUUUGUUAUCAUAGCUCCCUUUGCCUUUGUUCUUGAAAGGAAAAUAAGGCCAAAGAUGACUCUCCCGAUCUUCCUACGCAUAAUGCUGCUUGGUUUCUUAGAGCCAGUACUGGAUCAAAACUUGUACAAUUUGGGGAUGAAGUACACCUCUGCAACAUUCGCAUCCGCUAUUGUCAAUAUUUUACCUGCUAUUACCUUCAUAAUGGCUCUCGCCUUCAGGUUGGAGACGGUGAAUGUGAAAAAGUGGCAUAGUCUUGCAAAGGUAAUAGGGACAGUAAUUACAGUGUCAGGAGCAAUGGUGAUGACUCUGUACAAAGGCCCCAUCCUUGACAUCAUACAUAGCAGCAGCCAUGGUAAUUCAUCCAGUCAGCAAAGCUCCAGUACCGCCGAGUCCACCGACCACCACUGGGUCACCGGAACCCUCAUGCUCGUUGGCAGUUGCGGUGGCUGGGCCAGCUUCUUCAUUGUACAAUCAUUUACGUUGAAGAAAUAUCCGGCGGAGCUGUCUCUCACAGCGUGGAUUUGCUUGAUGGGUGUGUUGGAAGGUGGGGUAGCCACUCUUGUGUUCGAACGCGACAUGCAUGUUUGGGUUCUAGGCUGGGAUUCCAGGCUUCUUGCUGCUGUCUACUCUGGUGUGGUUUGCUCUGGAAUUGCAUAUUACGUGCAAGGAAUGGUGAUAAGAGAACGAGGCCCAGUUUUUGUGACAUCUUUCAGUCCACUAUGCAUGAUCAUAACAUUCGCUCUUGGUGCCAUUGUCUUGGCUGAACAAGUCCACCUUGGAAGUAUAAUUGGAGCCAUAUUCAUAGUCAUGGGACUCUACACUGUGGUUUGGGGUAAAAGCAAAGAUCCAAUAGAAUCAUCAGCACCGUCCAAAAAUAUUGAUCAGUUGCCAGUAACAGACACCAUUAAACCAAUUAGUGUUGUUAGUGUUACUUCUAUCAAUAAUGGAGGACCCGUAGAGAUGUCUAAGAUUUCUACGUCUUCUCAGCUCGGUUCAUAAAUAUAUAUAAAUAUAUAUAUAACAUUUUGGGGCUGGCUAUGUUGUUGUUAUAUAUAUCCAAAAGAUUGCGUACAUCUCCUAGACGAGAUCGUAAUCUGAAGAAAUAUGGAACUUUGGUUCUUUUUUUUUUUUUUUUUCUUUUUUUAAUUUUUAGCUUUUUUUGAUCUUCCCCUUAAAUGUAACUUGAGAGUAAUUACGAGUUACAGUUAUAAUAUUGGCUAGCUAGCUCCUAUUGUGUUUUUUUGCUUA